AGAAGGAGACCGAAGCGAGACUUCCCAUAGCACGGCACCGUCUCUUUCAUCUUCUUUCCCUUCUCGAGGGAAUGAACCAACCCCGGGCGAGCGUCAGCCAAGGCGGUGCCGCGAUCCAUGCGUCGCAGGGAAUUCAGAGCGGAGUGCUGCGUGCUCGAGCGGCGCGACUGCGUCUGCAGCGCGAGUCCCGAAUGCUCGAAAUGGCCCUCGAGGAUCUCCGCGAAGAAGCCGCGAGCACCGAUGCUUCGGAGAAAGAUGUUUUGCGUGCCAUUGAGUCUGCUGAGCAGGAGCUGGUGCGGUGUUUAAUCUGGUGGGCGGUGCACGGAAGCAGUGCACGUGACGUACGUGACGGUAGUGUCAACUCAUACGAGGAGCAAGGCACGGUGGCAAGCUCGGAAAAAACGGAAGCCGAUGCUACCACGUGCGCAACGCUGUGCAGCCUGCUCGAAGGGUAUAAAGAAGCACAAGAUGCGUUUACCCACACUGCAGAAGAAGACUUAACUGCUCUUCGUGAGGAGGUUCGACAAGCACGCACUGCAGAGAUGCAUCGGGUAAAUUUGUUGCGCAACCCAGGAGAGACCGAUGCGGAGGCACAGAACAGUUUUCGUGCCGACGCUGUUGCAGGCGAGAUCGACCUUCUGCGCGAAAUGACAGCGGAGGUGAACCAAGAAAUCGACGCCACGCUGCUAGAGUAUGGUGCCGCUUUAUUCUUUUUUUAG